AUGAUUUCUAGGCUCCAACUCACUAUCCUCUCCGCUUCAUCUGCCUCGCUCCGCCGCCCCCUCUCGUAUUCAACCACCACCACCAUCGCCUCUUCAACAGCUUCACACUUCUUUUUUCCUCUAAAAAUCCAAACUCCUCUCUUCCUACGCCCCCUCUCCCACUCCUGCCCCCCUUCCUCCCUCCUUUCCUUCCGCCAAUGGGCAGAAUCUCUAGCCCGAUCUUCCGCCCCCCAACUCUCUGUCGACGGCGGGCCCUCUGCAUCUGAACUACUCCGCGAGCUUUCAUGGCUUCUACAGGACGCUACAUUUCAAGCUGGCGAUACCCUGUUGCUGCGAACCGAUCUUGAAGAUCUCCACCGUUUAUGGUUGCAGCGAAUUGAGGAGCGGCGACCGUUUCAGUACAUUGUUGGGUGCGAGCAUUGGCGUGAUUUGGUCCUGGCGGUGAGAGAAGGGGUAUUGAUUCCUAGGCCGGAGACGGAGGAGCUUGUCGAUUUGGUGGCGGGGGUGGAAGGGUUCAAGGACGGUUUGUGGGCGGAUUUGGGAACCGGGAGUGGUGCCAUUGCCAUAGCGAUUGGCAGGAUGCUUGGGGAUAAUGGAAGGGUUGUGGCGACGGAUUUGAGUGAGGUUGCUGUGGAGGUUGCUCGAUUCAAUGUGGGGAGGUAUAAAUUGGAGGACAAAGUGGAGAUAAGGCAGGGAUAUUGGUUUGAACCUCUGCAAGAUCUUCAAGGAAAGCUAAGCGGAUUGGUUAGCAAUCCACCAUACAUACCAAGCAGUCAUAUUCCUGGAUUACAAGGUGAAGUUAGUAAACACGAACCUAGUUUAGCAUUGGAUGGAGGGAACAAUGGCAUGCAUCAUCUUUUUCAUCUAUGUGGAGGGUUGAUCUCAGCUCUAAAACCUGGCGGCUUCUUUGCUUUUGAGACAAAUGGUAAUAAGCAAUCUGAGUACAUUGUAGAUUUAUUGAGCUCACAAGGGAGCAAUCUCUUCCAUGAUAUGAGAAUAGUGACAGACUUUGCCGGAAUCAAACGAUUUGUAAUGGGAUAUUACCGAUAAGCUCAGUUAUAAACUUGUAAGUUUUGACAAAUUAGCUGUGAAAUUGAAGGUCUUUCAGUUCAGUGUUCCAAAUUUAGAGAUGACUUUUAUACAGUGCAUUGUGGAUCAUUGACAGUUCUUAUUACCUCUUGGAUGAUUUAUAGCUAAGGCCAGCAAUUCAUCUAAUAGCAGGGCUAGUGUGUUUCUAAAUCAUCUUACUGUUAAAGAGUUUCAGGUGUAGCCAGUGAAGCUGUUAAAUUCACAUUUUAUUUCUCAUCGAGUUCAGAAACUUGCUAUCCAGCCAUGCAGCUUUUGGCUAGUCCACCUAUUGACACUACUGUUUUAGAGGGAACUGAGAAAAUUUGUCAUCUUUAGUUUUCCAGAAGCACAAAAAGAGGCAUGGUUAGGUGUUCUAGAUGAACUUGGGUAUGGAGGACAUUAAAGCUCGUUAUCCUACUCACUGCAUAUUGCCAAUGGGAACUACAAUUACAUGGAUGCUCUGUACUCUGAAGCAUACACCAGGUGGAGUCUAAACUCGAUCCAUUUUCCAUCUUAUAACUGAUGGACUCUACAUUACCCAGCCCUCUCUUAUUGUCUCAUUUCUCGUUUUAAAUGAUGCUUGAAUGAUGCUUGAACGAGCAACAUAUUGAUUGUAAACAAACGAAGAAUCUAAUAGGACCGAGUUCAAACGAUCUGCUCAAACAAAAAUGAUUCUUGAACAAAAUCAAACUACAUGCUUUUUUCAGAUAAUUGUGCCAUCAUAUUGCUAUAUUAAUUACACAUAACAAACAGUGUAAAUGAGAAUAUUGAAAUUUGAACUACCAUUUUCUUCUGAUAGCUUCAUCAGUGUAUCAUUUAAAUUAUU